CAGAGUCGCGAGGAUGCUCCACGAAUCCACGGUUGCCAGGAGGGGCGAUGGCCAAGAUCGGCACCGGCGUCGUGUUCCGUCUUGGUCAUCGUCAUCGUUUGUUUGUUCCAUCCGAGUUUACAUGGAUCUUGGCCUUGCCUUAUGCGCUUCAGUAGUCGGGUGAAAGUUGAGUCGUCGUCGCCACCGUUGCAGUUUAAUUCCGUCGGCCGUUCCAUGUUCUUCGUCAUCAUCCACGUUCUGUAGCCUUUGUGUUGUUUGAGUUGAGCGUGGUGCACCCGCCUGCAUGUUGUCGUGGCGAUGUCCUUGAUCGGCUCGAUGGCCGAUUGCGUUGCAGAGUCAUGGUGAAGAGUGCCAAGUUGUGGAAGGAUAUCAAUCUGCAGUUCAGGAAACUUCAGGACGCGGAGAAUCAGCAUCUGUCACUCGUGAACUGUCCUGGGACUCCUGGGGGGCACAAGGAGGAUGCACCGGCGACUGGCACUCUCGAUGGGCCUGCCUGUGAUCAGAAUUUCUACACGAGCGGGCUGCAGCACAAGCACUGGGUCUUGACAUUGUGCACGUUGUUCCUCACGUGCGAGUGGAUUGACCGCUCGGUCCUCUCCCUCUCGAUGGAGUCCAUGAAGUCAGAGUUUCAGCUCAGCGACAUGCAAACAGGGAUGAUAGCAUCCGCCGCCCUCUGGGUCUUGCCGCUUGUGGUCAUGUUCAUGGGCCGCCUCGCUGAUCAUGUUCCACGGGCAAAGCUGUUGGCCUGCGGGGUGCUGGGCUGGGCGGUCACCACGAUUGCCACAGGCAGCGCCCAGUCUUUUCAUGCCAUCGUGUCUAUACGCAUGCUGGCGGGCCUGGCAAAUUGUGCUGGCUACCCCGUCGCCGUGUCGCUGCUGGCAGACUUUUUCCAUGCUGGCCAGCUGGCCACAGCUAUGGGCUACUUCAACGCUGGAAUGGCCAUAGGUGGGCUACUUGGAAUGGUGAUCGGCGGCUAUAUGGUUGUGCAUGCUGGUUGGCGUUGGGCCUUCUGGGUCGUUGGUGGGCCGCAGGUGGUCUUGUCCGUCUUGUUGGCUACGACGGUGCGUGAACAGCCCCGAGCACAAUUGUCGCGUUCUUGGACAGAAGAUAUCAGGCAGCUUCUGCGUCUGCCCACGCUGCUAUUUAUGCUGUUGGGUGGGCUGCUGAGUGGCCUCAUGAACGGUGAGCAGCGCUUCAUCUCGGCACUUGCAAAGCGUAAUUACAGAACCGAUGAGCAGACCGUAGGCCUUCUGCUGGGCGGUGUGCUCGGCUCUGCGGGCAUCCUCGCUGCCUGCGUGGGUGGGCACUUUCUUGACAAGGCGUUGAUAAAGACUGGCGACUCCCGGAUGCUCCUCUGGUGUGCCGUUGUGGGGGAUUUUUUCUAUUUGGUGCUUGGCACUUGUGGACUCCUAGCGCCCAGCUUAGGGCUGCUGGUCACCUUUCUAGUAGGAGCAACCUUCGCCAGUUCGCUGAUGCAGGGCCUGGACCCAACCAUGCAGGCUUUGGCUCGUGGCCGCCGAGCGACUACGCAGGCGAUGUUGGAGCUCUGUUGGUCUGUCGGCAUGGCGGCGGGGCCCUUCCUGGCUGGAGGCAUAAGCGACCUGCUACGGAAUGGCAGCUGUGACCAGGGCUGCGCGCUGACGCAUUCCCUGCUGCUUGUGGGCGGGUUGGGCCGCGUCUUACGCGGCGCCUGCUACAUCAUCGCCUCCGUGUCGCUGCUCCAGGACCUCGAGACUGUGGACAAGGACCAGCCCGCCUCGGAACAGGACAGAGCAGGUGACGCAGCGCCGGCGGCGCCCAUGCUGAGCGACCCCACGCCGGCUCGGCUCGCCGGGCAGUCGUCCCAGCCAGAGGGGCCCCCGUCCGGUGGUCCUGGCGGCCCGCCGACCUCGCCGGGGCCAUGGCCCGCGACGCUCGGGCGUGCCGCUGGGGCACCGCCGUCCACGGAAAAAGCUGGCGCCCACCAGCGGCGAAUACAGUCGGAUCCCUUAUCUGAUGAGGGCGGCGGUGGUAUCCAUGGUCGAGCCUCAAUUGAGCGACGGACGACAACGUGGUCGACUGCGCCGACAGUGAGUGGCGCGCAGGCUGCCCGCGCAAGGUCGCGCUGAAGCGCCCUCGCUUCCGGUGUGA